CAAAGAACGCAAAGACAUUGAAAAACCUAGUUGGAACUGGUUAGCAAUGAUGUCAAGUUUGAACGAGUGCAGUGAUUGUGUCAGUGACAGUGUCUAGGGGUGGACACAUGAUGUGAACAGACAGUCGGCACAAUGUGGGCGGCCCAGCUCAGCUGUAUUUUCAUAUUGUUCGGUGUAACAGCCGGCGGCGGCGGCUGGGAGCCCCUAGGGACCCCUUACUUCGACAACAGCACGAAGCGCGAAGCCACCGCCGCCGUGGGCCAGCCCGCCUACCUACACUGCAGAGUACGAAACCUGGCUGACAGAGCGGUAUCAUGGAUACGCAAGCGAGACCUUCACAUCUUGACAGUGGGUGUGCACACAUACAGCAGUGACGCAAGAUUCGCGGCGCUACAUGCCGAUGGCUCUGAUGAAUGGACGCUGCGAGUGGCGCCCGCGCAGCCACGCGACUCCGGCGCAUACGAGUGCCAAGUGUCUACUGAACCAAAGAUUAGUCUGUCGUUUCGACUCACGGUUGUCGUGUCAAAGGCGGAGAUUCUCUCAGGACCGGAGCUGUUCGUCAGAGCUGGAUCAGACAUCAAUCUUACUUGCGUGGCGAAGUACGCCCCUGACCCGCCAAGCUUCAUCUACUGGUACCGAGGUGAACAAGUGGUGAACUACGCUCAACGCGGCGGCAUAAGCGUGGAGACUGAGCAGCGAACUCGCACCAGCCGUCUGCUAAUCGCACGCGCCGCCCCUCAUGACUCAGGAAACUAUACGUGCGCACCAAGCAGCUCAGAAUCUGCGUCGGUGAUAGUCCACGUGCUGAGCGGAGAGCGGCCGGCGGCGAUGCAGAGCUCGGGCUCGACGCCGCCACGCCUCAACCGUGCUAUCCUCGCCACGCUCACCACGCUGACUACGCUGCGCCAGCCACGACCAGCUCUCCUCGUCACUCUCCCGGUCGCCGCGCACUAUGUCUCCAUCCCAACACUACUCAUUACCCUACUAUUCGCCAACGCUCUCGUCAAAUUCCUAUCAAAAUUUACGACAGCUCACAUCGAACCCACAUCUUCAAGAUGACCUAUUAGUGCAAACGCGACUUCCCAAACGUUUUAAACUAAGGAAGUAUUUUAUAUGAUUGAGUGAACAAGCGAUAUUGUGUCGGACCCUCGGAUUACGUUAUCUGAGUUGAACGUAUUUAAAAUACAACGAUAAAUAUAGACAGUAAUGUUUCCUGUGAGGUAAUUUUAAGGCGAUAAAUCAAUAGCAUAAUGGUCAAUUUAAAAAAUGAUAUUGUUGUUUAUAAAUCUCCAAAUUUCUAUUGUAUCUGUAACAGACAAGAUCGUUUUAGUAAUUUCGAUAAAUAACGACCAGACAGAUUAAUACGGCACGCAUGAGAUAAUCCUUCUGAUGAUUUAUCUGAAGCUGAAUCUCCUUUGUUCUCACAGCUAACUACGUUCGUCGUCUAAAUCCGGUGCCGAGAUUACAAGCAAAUCGAUUUUGUUAGUCCAACACAGGAAUAUACCGAGAUUCAAUCGAAGUGAAGCUUAUCUAUGCGUAACGUAUACCUAAGCUGCUGGUUGCUCUCUUUGCCACAUUAUUUGCGUUCGAUCAAGUUGAACAAACAACGCCUGUACUAAUGCAUACAAGCGAUUAGUAUUGCUGGUUACUACUAAAUUAUAUGUAUUAUACAAUACACAUACUUCGUAUUUACAACUCUCAUUAACAUUAAACAAAGAAAAACAGUAAUCUCGUCUUCUAAAAAU